AUGGAACUGAUACAAGCUCAUGGAAAACCCGAAAAAGCAACUAUUUUCAUACCUGCGCAUAAAGGCUUAUCAAGCUAUCGUUUUGCUACCACUGAAGCAGAUUUGUUCCAGAAUGUGGAUCCACCUCAUCUCCACUUCUUUCUUACACCGGUCAACCAGUACAAUGCCAACGGGCUGUCGGCGAAUGUCCCGCUGGAUAUAAUUGCACUCAAAAUGUCUGCUGCGCUUACGAAGCACAUCAACUCUACUAAUCGCUGUGAAUGUCCGGACGGUACCGCACUGAUGAACGGAGAAUGUGUCCAAACAGGCAGUGGAUGCGAAUUGGGAAUGGUGAUGGUGAAUGGUACAUGUGAAUCAUUGGCUUCACCUGGAAUGCGGUGUCUGGUGCAGGAGCAAUGCAUCGAUCAUUCACAAUGUGUCAACAACAGCUGUCAAUGCAUACAAGGAUUCCAACUCGUCAAUGGCUACUGCGUUCCAAAUAAUGGAGGACGGUGUCCAGUUACGCAGGUCUGUUUGGAUAAAAAAAAUUAAAU